GCAAGUUUUCCUCGACAACUUGGAAAACGUUCUAUUUUAAAUAGAAUUUUACUGUAGAAGCUUAUGGAAGUUGGAUAUUGUUGGUUAUCAUUUACAGCUUAAGGCUUCCGCUUGGGUUAAAACGGACCCAAAGGCAGCCACAAACAAGAUUGCAUCGUUACGCAUCGCUGAGAAGGAGCGAAGAAUUGCGCAACUAUCCAACGAAAAUGAAAAGCUAAACAAGCAAAAAAUGCAGUCCACGACACUGCUGAACGGGUUACAGAGAGAAAACUCUGCAAAGGACGCCUUAGUGCAUCAGGCGAAGAGAGAGACUGAAAAACUUAAGAAGGAACUACGUGAAAAGGAUUCAACAAUUUCCACCAUGUCGACAAAGGUUAGAUAUAAUACACGAAACUAAUGUUGCCUUAAUCUUAAAAAUACUUUUAAUCGUAGCCUGCGAGGACAGCUGACCCUCAACACUCCCCCUUCGUUUUGAAGUUUCGAGAAACGGCCUCAACUACGUGGAAAAGCCACUAGCAAGCUCUCCAUUUCUGGAGCGAACGAAGCCAGCCUCGAGGGACUCGCGACUCCACCAAAUGGCCAUGGAGAGCUUGUUCGCAGGCUACGACGGGAAACGAUUACUUUUUCCACGUUACACGUUCGGCUGUAUCGAGGUUUCCCAAUAGGGUUUUCGGGAUCCGGGAUUUGCGUUAUUUGAAUCUCGGGAACCGAGAUUUGCCUUAUUUGAAUCUCGGGAUUCGGGAUUUGCCUUAUUUGAGGGCCGGGAUUCGGAAUUUUAAAGCAAAAUGGGGCUGAGAUAUGCACGGGAUGCUAGUCUCCUCUCUCGUUUUAGUGUCGUCACACAACGCUCCUAGUGUAGGCAAAAUCCUUUCUCAAGUUAAACCUUAAAAGUUAAUGCAAAGAUCUGUGUAGCCUGCGUGGCAGGCGCUAUAUCCCCUACCCCUUUCGACGCCUGCUACGUAGGUUUUGAUAUGUGGUGAUUUGAGUUCGAAUAGACGCCUUUAAACUGCCAACAGCUGUCUAAUAUGAAACUUUAUAAAAAAAAGCAUGCGAGCAAGCUUUCCAUUUUGUGUGGCGAGCGAAACGAGCACGUGUGAAGCAGAGGAAAGUAAAGCCCUCGUUUCUUUCUUCAACCUACUCUCUCGUGUCUCCUGUCGUGUGUCGCUUGCAUGUGGCUUCAAACAAUGUAACUCGACUGAAAAGCUUGCUCGCAUGCAGAGUAACACAGAAGAGUCACUUGUACAAUCAGUCGACUAUACAUUAGGGGGUUUCAGUAGAGGCGUUUCGAGCCACGCACGUCAAUCGGAAGUCAGGCCGUUUCCCUGUUAAUGUCCUGACGCCACCAGAUUUGUAUUGCUAAGUGUUUCAACUCGUAUAGAGACAAUUUGCCCUAAAAUUUGGGCGAGACCAUUGCUAAGGAGGCAAAAACGUACAUUGCUGAAAAAUGUCUUUGCUUAAGUAAGCUCUCUAUUGAACCGUUGGAGAAACAACGACGGUGACGGCUACGAAAAAAAUACUUAAAAAGUGAAUUCUCGCGGCUUUAAACUUUAUCGCGCUUAUUCCAUCUCGUUCAAUUUGUCAAAUGUUGGCAAAUUGUUUUAGAUUUGAAUUCUAAAAGACUGUAUCAAAGUUCAGAGAAAGACAAAGAAAGUCGUUUUCUGGUGCUCACGUCUUCCACAAAACGUGAAAUCAGGGCGUUUCGUCGUAGUCGUGCAGUGACGGUAAAAAAUGUACAAAAAAAGCGUGAUGCACGCGCAGAGUUGUUGUUUUGCCAAUCUAUUAAAACCUACUGCUUUUUUGCCGGUCUGAUUGACGUCGCCGUCAUCGGUGUUUAAGCUGCCUUAUAUGGUCAUGUAUGUCACCAUCAACGACAACGUUCUUGCUUUGCAAUCUUUCUUUCUCUUAUUUUCAGCUGGGAAGGCAGAAGGCCGCUAAAGAAGGGGAGAAAGAGGCACAAAAAUUAGAACAAGAGCUUUAUGCAACAAAAGGGGUAAGAAUUGAGUGAUCUGUUAUAAAGGUCUUCCCAUCUGAAUCAUUACCUAUUUUAUUUUAGAGUUCUAGGUUUAACACCUUGUAAUCGGUCUUAUAAUUAGUAAACAGCCAGUACAUAGGUACAGUUUCCAUCGUGUUUCAUUUUCCAUUAUGUGGAAUAAUGGUUAAGGAUGUACUAAAUAAUUAGUUAAUUUAACUAUCUUAACCAUUUUUCUAAGAGCCUGUUUACAUGGAGGUGGGGGACCCCAGGCAGGUGAGAUAACCCGCGUGUCCAUAUAAUCUUUCAUUUUAAUUCGAUCACGUUUACAUGAUGGGUGGGGUACCCGCCACAUGUUACCACACCUACCUGGGGUCCCCCACCUUCAUGUAAACAGGCCCCAAAUCAUGUGCUUCUCUUCAUUGAAAUUGCGCCCGCAGUAACAUUAAAUUCACUUUUCAAACGCUACCAAGGACCUUUCAUUUGGUCAAAAGUCAGUAGUGAGCUCAGAAACUUGACAAGCCUCAAAACAUUCAAGAAACAUAUACGCGUUGUGUACCUUUCUAGCCAUGUAGAUAAUAAUAGUAACUGCUGUGACUUUGUGUACAUUCUUAGUCAUCUGCAUUCAGGUAAGAUCAUUAAUUUAAAAGUCACUGUAAUAGAUUAGUGCCAGUUCUUAGGAAAGUGUCCCCAAUUAGCUAAUGUAACUGUUGAGCUAAAUACAUUGACAAUAAAAUAAAGUUAUUGUCAUCAUUAUUCUUAAACGCUUAGAACUUUUUAGUACAUAUGUUUUAGCACAUACAUACGCAACGGAGUGUUAGAGAUAUGUUAAGCCUAUAUUAUUCAGAUAUUUACAUGAUAAUUUGGUUGGCUAAAUUUCAUUUCGCAAAGUUUUGACGCUAUGAAGGAUUAAUUCAUAGCAAGCCUUACAUAACUCUACUCAACAAUGAUUUUGUGCAAAGUUACACGUAAUAGGUAAAGCCAAGACAAUUAAGUAUCCUUUGAGUAUCGUUAUUGUUAACACGUUUUACACGAAGGCUAUUGAUAAACCCACAUUCCUUUCGGUCCAGUUCAUUCUUGUAAGCCGCCAUUUUAUUUUCGUGCACAGUAAUUUGUAGGAAGUUAUUAUAACUCCAAAAAUGAAGUAAUAAUUUUAGGUACAGGAUAACCCCCUUUGGCGGGUUACUUUAACUCCUCAGUAUUAACUCCAAAUCUGGGGUGAAUUUUACUCCCGAAAAAGAGUUCCUUGAACUCCUUUUUGGUGUUAAAAUAACUCCGAAAAAAAUAACUCCACUGUAAGGAGUUAAAUUAACCCCACUAGAGCAGUUAUGAUAACCCCUUGAAAAUUACUGUGUGCUAUUAAACUUCCGCUGUAACUGUAUUACGCUUGCAAAUGCGUGCAGCGAGCGUGCAGCAGGAAGUUCGUUUACUUGUUUACUUAGUGUAAUGGAUUCGGCUUUUAAGCCUUUGUGUUGUUGAUACAUCUUCAUGUUUUGAAAACAAAACGAGACAAAUGUCCUUUCAGGAAUGUCAAUAAACUGAAUAGUUAUGUUUCCCUGUAGUUUCUUAGUUAAUACCAAAGAAAUCUGGAUUGUCCAAAAUUAAGUUUUAUCACAAAUUAAAUAUCCUUGUUUCUGUUAAUGCGCUUUUCUUUCGCAGAAUUUCUGUUUUUUUUUUCUCAUUCCGUUGUUUUUAAUAGGGUCAUAAUUCGUUCUAUAUUGUCGAAAUGUCUAGGUUUGUUCUGAUCUGAGCGGCUGACAGGUUUCCAGAGUCCAUUGAAGUUUAAUGAAUGUCAAGCCACUUGAAAAAAACAUGUAAAUUUUCUGCACAGAGCCACGCAAUAUUUUAGGUUUAUCGGGAAAGUCACACUUUGAAUUUUGUUGCGGAAAGCAAAGCGUCCAAGUUUCCAUGAAAGCAGCUACUGGAAGAAGCUAAUACCAACAGUAAUCACAGUCUUACUUCGUUGUAGUUAUACAUGUAAUAAUUUCAGUGGAUGCUUGUAUUCCAAGCUUGUUAGCGCAGGUAAUUCCUUGUAACUAAUUGCUCGUUCUGCCGGUUUUACAUGCAUUAAGUUUAGCCGUAGGAUUAUUUGUAAAGGGCUUGCAUAGGCAGUUCAUUGAGAUAUAUCAUUUGUGCAUCGUUACCCAAGCCUGUAUUCGAACAGAGUGUCGACUCUUGUCUGUUCCUGUGAAUGAGAGUACCAGUUAUGUUAUUUUACUUCUUUGAUUUCUUUUUUUGCCCUUUUCAGAAACUUCAAACCACAGAGAACCAAUUGAAGGAAAGGAUUAAAACCAUCGCUGAUUAA